UAACAAGUCCAGGCAGCAAACCAGUUAGAGGCACGCCGCAAUAUAGCUUGGGUCUUGUAGCUAGCCAUAGACAUGGCAUCUGCCUCUUGCAUUUCUUUGGUGUUGCUGGUGGCUCUGGCCGCCACGGCGUCGGCGCAGCUGUCGUCGACGUUCUACGACACGUCGUGCCCCAGGGCUCUGGCCACCAUCAAGAGCGGCGUGGCGGCCGCCGUGAGCAGCAACCCCCGCAUGGGCGCGUCGCUGCUCAGGCUGCACUUCCACGACUGCUUUGUUAAUGGCUGUGACGCGUCCGUUCUGCUGUCGGGCAACGAGCAGAACGCGCCUGCGAACGCCGGUUCGCUGUUUGGCUUCGGCGUCAUCGACAACAUCAAGACCCAGCUCGAGGGUAUCUGCAAGCAGACCGUCUCCUGCGCUGACAUCCUCACCGUCGCCGCCCGUGACUCUGUCGUCGCCCUCGGCGGCCCGUCAUGGACAGUUCCUCUCGGCAGACGGGACUCCACGAGCGCAACCGGGAAUACCGGGGACCUCCCGGGCCCUGGCUCCAGCCUCGCACAGCUCCAGGCCGCGUUCGCCAAGAAGAACCUCAACACGGUGGACAUGGUGGCGCUCUCCGGCGCGCACACCAUCGGGCGGGCGCAGUGCCAGAACUUCCGGUCGCGGAUCUACGGCGGCGACACCAACAUCAACGCCGCAUUCGCGACCUCGCUCAAGGCCAACUGCCCGCAGUCCGGCGGCAACGGCAACCUGGCGGCGUUGGACGCCACGACCGCUAACGCCUUUGACAACGCCUACUACACCAACCUGCUCUCCCAGAAGGGGCUCCUGCACUCCGACCAGGUGCUGUUCAACAACGGCAGCACCGACAACACCGUCAGGAACUUCGCGUCCAGCGGGGCGGCGUUCAGCAGCGCCUUCGCGACGGCCAUGGUCAAGAUGGGCAACAUCUCGCCGCUCACCGGGACGCAGGGGCAGAUCAGGCUCAGCUGCUCCAAGGUGAACUCGUGAUUAGCGUACGAGGAGCCGGCAGCACUAUACGUCACGUGAAUGAAUAAGGCCACAGAACCGGCGGCCAAUUCCACAGUAGCGUUCAGCACUAGCUAGAACCGUGUAUAUAUAUACGUGCAGCUCAAAAUUAUGCAUGCACCUCUACACAUGUAACUAUCGAAUUCUCUCAUGCAAAGGCAUAAAGAAUUACUUCAAUA